GUUGGGAUUGAAUCUCGAGUCAGAGAAGCAAUUAUUUUUAUGGACAAUCCUGUCUCUCUCGCUCCAACACAAACAAUUGGAACUCGCUCCAACAUAUCGCUCGGACAGCACGAGCUCGGCAAAAAGAAGAACGAGAGCAACAAAAUAAAAGCAAUAAACUUUGGAUAGAAAAACACUCCGGAUUAGCGAUAGCUAGCUACUGCAGCAAACUAGCUAGCUAGCCAGCUGUACUGGAGGAGAAUCUUCAUGCAGACUGUGACUUGGUUCCUGGUAGCUUGGAAUUUACAGGAGAAACAAAAAGUUUGUGUUCAAAUUAGGUGCUUUGAUUGUGAGGGGAGGAAUUUGCACGAGCAAGCGUAGAGAGUGACGGGUGAACCCGAGUUGUCAAACCCGAUGACUACUGCAAACUGCAGCGGUAAUGAGGAGCUGGACUUCAGACUGAUCUUCGGAGAGGACGGGCAGCAGCAGUCGCUAGGCCCCGCAGAUAUUGAACCUGAUGACAACACAUCUUUCUACAUCCUCAAUGUUGGCCAGCCGCAGUCUGUGGUUAACCAGCCCAUUGGGAUCCCACGCCAUGGCCUCCAGCCUCACUCUCCAGUCAUUUCAGCACCCCCGCGGCUGCAAGCCCACAAGGCCAAUGACCCCAGCUAUGAGGUCCAGGGCUACAAGUACAGUCCUGUGGGGGUCCCCAAGGCCUUUGAGUGUCCCAGCAUCCAGAUCACCUCCAUUUCCCCUAACUGCCAGCCAGACAUGGAGCACAAUGAGGACGACUUGCGAGCCAAAGGGCCUGAUGGGGACUAUGACCGACCCUUGUCCAGGGACCACCUUUACCUGCCUCUUGACCACUCCUACAGAGACUCCUCCCUGAGCCCCAGCCCGUGCAGCAGCCUCUCCUCCAGGAGCUGGUUUUCAGACGCCUCCUCCUGUGAGUCCUUCUCUCAUGUGUACGAUGAUGUGGACUCGGAACUGAAUGAGGCAGCCGCCCGCUUCACCCUGGGCUCACCGCAGGGUGGGCCAGGAGAAGAGCCUUGGCAGCACCACCACCCCGCCUUCACCCACUCGCUGUCACCCCGGCAGUCCCCCUGCCACUCGCCCCGCACCAGCGUCACCGAUGAGAACUGGCUGAGCCCACGGCCUUCCUCACGGCCCUCCUCCCGCCCCACCUCACCCUGUGGCAAGAGACGCCAUUCCAGCGCUGAUAUCUGCUACCCGGGCUCUGUCUCUCCGCACCACUCCCCCACCCCUACCCCAGGCCACUCCCCUCGGGGGAGUGUGACGGAGGACACCUGGAUUGGCAGUCCUUCAAUGGGUGUGUCCCCCUUCCAGUUUUGCCCCUCUGAGGUGGACAUUCCGUCCAAGACUAGGAAAACCUCUCAGGAUCGGACAGUGCUUUUGUCUGGGAAGGCAGACUUGGGUCUGGAGGACCCAGGCAACAUCUCGCCCUCUCUAGAGUCCCCAGUGGAGGAUAUGGGACACAACAUGAAGAAAGAUGGCCCUGGAGAGCAGUUUCUCUCUGUCCCCUCGCACUUCACGUGGAACAAACCCAAACCAGGCCAUACACCGAUUUUCAGGACAUCAUCCUUGCCCCCUCUUGAUUGGCCCCUGCCCAGCCAGUUCGGGCAGUAUGAGCUGAAGAUCGAGGUACACCCAAAGGCCCACCACCGAGCACACUACGAGACAGAGGGGAGUAGGGGAGCAGUCAAGGCGGCCUCCGGGGGUCACCCUGUGGUCAAGCUCAUUGGCUACAAUGAGAAGCCCAUCAACCUACAGAUGUUUAUAGGAACUGCCGAUGACCGCUACCUAAGACCGCAUGCCUUCUACCAGGUGCACAGAAUCACCGGGAAAACGGUUGCUACUGCAAGCCAGGAAAUCAUAAUUGCCAGCACAAAGGUCCUCGAAAUUCCUCUCCUUCCCGAAAACAAUAUGUCAGCCAGCAUCGAUUGUGCGGGGAUCCUGAAGUUGCGGAACUCAGACAUCGAGCUGCGCAAGGGGGAGACGGACAUAGGGCGGAAGAACACGAGGGUGCGAGUGGUGUUCCGGGUGCACAUCCCACAGCCCAACGGGAAAGUCCUGUCUCUGCAGGCUGCAUCCAUCCCUGUAGAGUGCUCCCAGCGCUCGGCCCAGGAGCUUCCCCAGGUUGAAAAGUACAGCCUGAACAGCUGUUCAGUUAGUGGUGGGGAGGAGAUGGUCAUCACAGGCUCCAACAUCUUCCCUGAGUCCAAAGUCAUCUUUCUGGAGAAAGGGCCUGAUGGACGUCCUCAGUGGGAAGUUGAUGCAAAAAUUAUACGAGAAAAAAGUCAAGGAUCAACCCUUGUUGUGGAAGUCCCCCCAUACCACAGCAAGACUCUCACAUCAGCAGUCCAGGUGCAGUUCUAUGUGUGUAAUGGGAAGAGGAAAAGAAGCCAAUCCCAACGCUUCACCUACCUAUCAGUCAUGGUGAAGCAGGAGCAUAGGGAUGAACGGGACCUGCAGUCGGCACCACCCAUGCCCCUGCCCCACCCCCACCCCCACCCUGCCAGCCUUCCCAAUCUCCAUCCAGCCAAUACACAGCUGCCAUCUCCUGACCAAGUCCAUCCGCACGACAGCUUGCUUUCCAGUUCUCCCCGAGGCCUGGUCCCUGGCAUGCCACCCCCUCAGCCCACAUACUCUCCUAUGGGCUCCUCCUUCCAGCAUCUCUCUCACCUCCAGGGCCACAACCUCAAUACGGGCCCCAACUGCCAGCUGAUGAGCUCACCCAUGCCGUUCCAUUCCGCUCCACCCCCACCAGCGAGGCCUUCUUACCAGCCUAUGCAACACAACCUGGCGUACAACGGCCAGCCCAGUCUUCCCAUGAACACUGCCUCCAACCAGGUCUAUGAGCGGGUUCCGUUCCAGCCUGAUCCAGCUGCCUCUCACUCCCUGGGACUUGGUAUGGUGUACCACUCCCCCUCUGCCACACUCUCUGGCUCCACUCCCCCGUCCACCACCAGCCAACACUUAUCCCAUGCCUCCUCACACCUGCAUUCUCUGGGUUACCCCUGCCCCAAUCCAGUACAGGUCACCUCUCCCACCCAUCCCAGGGGCCAGCCCUCAUCACAGCUGCCACAUAACCUGGGCUACCACUCCACCGGCCAGAGGUCUGCCUCCUGCCCCUCCCCCACCUCCCUUCCCAUGGUGCCCUCUCCCCAUUCUGGGCCCUCCUCUCCCCAGCUGCACUCACUGCCCUACCAGUCCCCUGCCACCGGACCAGCCUCGUCCCCCUCACCCACCUCCAGUAGUCCCCUAAUGCACCUGCCACACUCCAGCCAGCCUUCUCCCCAGGCGGCCAGCCCCAGCAUGGCCAGUCUGCCCUCAGUCAACCCCCUGGUGCAUCCGCUGACAACCCAGCCGCCUUUCACAUCCGAAGGGGAGAGACUGAACAUCAAGCAGGAACCAGAGGACAAGGAGCUGACCUUCCACUCUAUCGGCCUGCAGGACAUCACACUUGAUGAUGUGAACGAGAUCAUCGGCAGAGAUAUGUCCCAGUCCCCCGGCUCUCAUGGCCCCACAGCAGCACACGGCCAGUCCUAGCACCACCCGUAGCCAGGAGGGGACUCCACAAGCCAGGCCCAGUACUACGUCAUCGCCCACUGUUCUAAACUCCAAUACUGAAGCCUUUAACAGUACCAACUGAAAAAGCCUACAAUGCUCUCCUCCCAGAGUCUGAUCCCUGACUCUGGCUUCAGACAUAUACUCUAAGGAAAUACACACACAUUCUCACACUGGUUAUGUAUGUGUUGACAGUGUUUCAGACAUGCACACAAUGGGGUAUAUAAAUAGCUUAGCAUAUGUGGCUGACAGUCCUACAUAAUGCAGCUUCUAUUGUGCAGCAGGUGAGCCUGUAUGAUGUGGAAAAACAACAAUGGGAUAUUACCCUAAAUCAAGGUUUCAAGAGGUUAUCAUAAUUUGACUGUUAAGAAAUGUCACCACAGACCAGCAUAUUGUAUGCAGCUGAAUAUAUACUCCUCCAUGUCUGUGAGCCUGUGUGUCCAUUUCCUGUUCUGUAAUAACAGAACAACAGGGGGAGGGGUAUUAAUGCGGUUGGAGCCAGUACCAGGGUAUGGACAUGUGACCUUGUCUGAGACAGAGAGCACUGUGUGACAGACGUGUAUCUGUCUAAAUGAGUGGGCUAGCUCAGGAGUUGAGCACAUAUGUGACCCCUCACCUAGGGGAAUCCUCCACGUCACUGCAGGGGACACUAACACAGUGCACUGCCAGUCAUUAAAUGGCACGGCCAACUAUAGAACAGUACCUUCCAGGGCAAAGGAGGGACCCUGCCUGCAGUGUGUGGGAAAGAUUAAAGCAGCCUUGGGCUGGGC